CGGUGGAGGAGGCAUGGGGGAAAUGUAAAGACGCUGCCAAAUGCUGAACAGGUCCGGACAAUGAGACAAUUCCCUUCCUGCUCACAGACAUGCUGCCUCUGGGUCCACGUGGAGGACUUAUCCAUCUUUGCCCUCGGUAAAACGAUUGCACAAAUGAAGAACUACUGCUUUAGCAAAAACCCAAACUAAGCCAAGACUUGCAGUAAGAACUUGAGAUUUGGAAAUGCUGGUUUUGUGAUUGUAUAUUCUAGCUGUGGAAGGCUUUAUCGCUUCUUGCAGAGAAUUUCCCCUGCACGCACACUCACACCACUCAAGUCUGGAGCUGUAGUGGAGGAAAAUGGAGCUUGUAGAUCUCGUGGCAUUUGCCUCCACAGAAAUGAAUAGUACAACGGUCACCCUGGCUUUGCUGGUGGUCUUCCUGGUCCUGCUGUACUGGUACUCCACCUCUGCAUUCUCCAAACUAAGCAGAGUAGGGAUCCGACAUCCUCCACCUCUUCCUUUCAUUGGAAACCUGCUCUUUUUCCGUGAGGGAUUUUGGGAAAACCACACAAAACUCAUAACAGAGUAUGGACCUGUUUGUGGGUAUUAUAUUGGUCGCCAGAUGUUUGUGGUGGUCUCCACACCAGAGAUGAUCAAGCAAAUCUUAGUGACAGACUUCAGUAACUUCACCAACAGAACUAAGCCAAGCUUGAUUUCCAAGCCAAUGCUCGACAGCAUCCUUUGUCUUCGUGAUGACAGAUGGAAGUAUGUCCGGAGCCUCCUGACCCCAGCCUUCAGCAAUACCAAACUGAAAGAGAUGACACCGCUAAUAAACCAGGCCUGUGACGUCCUGCUGUGUAACUUGAAAGUCUAUGCAGAUUCUGGGAAAGCUUUUGAUAUCCAGAGGUGUUACAACUGCUUUACCUUGGAUGUCGUUGGUAGCGUAGCUUUUGGUACUGAGGUGGAUUCUCAGAAGAAUCCCGACGACCCCUUUGUUAAGAAUUGCAGAACAUUCUUUGAAAUGUCUUUGUUUAGGCCUCUCCUCAUUCUAAUCCUUUCUUUCCCAUUCAUAAUGAUCCCAUUGCUCCGGAUUUUGCCAAACAAGAAACAAAAGGAACUGAAUGGAUUUUUUAUCCAAACCAUAAAAAAUGCAAUUGUCUUCAGAGACCAGCAAGAUGCAGCUGAGAGGCGCAGAGAUUUUCUUCAGUGGAUGCUCGACUCCCGCGGCUCCGCUGAUGCGAUCAGCCCAUCUGCCGCUUCCAGACAGAACGAGGAGCCUCUUGCUGGCAGGGCCCCGUCUGAAAACAUUCAGAAGACGUUAACGGAUGAUGAGAUAGCAGGCCAAGCUUUCCUGUUCCUGAUCGCCGGGUACCAGACCACCACUAGCACGCUGUCCUUUGCCACAUACUUGCUAGCCACCAACCCGGGGUGCCAGGAGAAGGUGCUUCAGGAGGUUAAUGAGUUCUCAGCAAAACACAUGGUCCCUGAUUACCAAAAUGUACAAGAACUCCCUUACCUGGACAUGGUGAUUGCAGAGACAUUGCGCAUGUACCCACCUGCAUUCAGGUUCACUCGGGAAGCAGCUAAAGACUGUGUAGUGCUGGGGCAGCGUAUUCCAGCUGGGGCUGUCAUUGAAACCGCAGUUGGACAUCUCCACCACAACCCUGAGUUCUGGCCAGAGCCUGAGAAGUUCAUUCCUGAGAGGUUUACGGAGGAGGCCAAGAAGGAACGACAUCCCUUUGCAUACCUGCCCUUUGGGGCAGGACCCCGUGGCUGCAUUGGCAUGAAAAUGGGUUUGCUGGAGACAAAAAUUACUCUGCUGAGGAUUUUGCAAAAGUUUCAAUUUAAGACCUGUCCAGAAACUGAGAUUCCUCUGCAGCUGAAAUCAAAAGCCACACUUGGACCAAAAAAUGGAGUCUACAUUAUGCUAGAAUCUCGCUAAAAGAAAAUGUACAUCCUGAAGCCUCCUGGGAUGGGACCCCUUGUUCAGUGGCUCACUGGGUAUAGCUAUUUUCAAAACCCUGCAGACAGGUAGGAGCCUAAGUCCCACUGAUGGUCAAUAGGUGCUGCCUCACUGCCCUCCUGUGGGAGAGCCUCCAGUCACUUUUUAAAAUCAGAUGUGGGCUCCACAGUCUUUUUGGUGGCUUUCAAAUUGCUGUGAAUAGUAUCUGUAAAGAAGCAUCCCACUUUCACUUGCUUUUCUACAUUGCACUUCUUUUCACUUAUCUUUGAGAAUGCUUUCUUCAUGCUCAAGUUCAAUAAAUGGAGCAGGUGUUAAGUGUACACGUGAUUUAAAAUAGAUUUUAAUUAUAAUUCAUUAUCUCACACAUCCUUCUCAUGCACUUGUAAGUCCCUACUCUAGAAAAAGCCCAAGAGGCACCACAGUUACAGCAGAAGACCUGGGAUCCAGUGCGUUGGAUUUUAUCAUGAACUCUGCUAAAAAUCAAAGCUGAGUCUUCUGCACAAUGGUUAAUCUCUCCCUGUGUCUGUAAAGUGAAAGGAGCUGCACAUUCUUCAUGCUUUUGAAGUGAUUUGAAAUACACUUAGAUUAACAAUUUGCACUUGGCACAUUGCAUCGACAUGACUGAAGAGGAAUGAAGAGUUCCCCUGCCUGCUUACCAGCUAAGUUCCAGUAGCUAAGACCAAAGAAAUGAGGUGGCAGCCAUUCUGCUGGCUGCUGAACUGCUGUUGAAAAGGUGGAGAAAAAGAAGAUGAUACAAAUUUAAAGAAAGCAGGAGAACUGGAGGACAUUUAAGAGUAAUCAGAAGGUGUUGGUACAACAUCUGCUUCACAUUGAGGCCUCUCCUUUUCAAGCACUGCAGUUGGCACCAUCCCUGUCUAGCUCAUUGACUCAAGGAUAUUAAGAGCGUUGCAUGCACUAAAGCCAAUGGCAAGGGAGUGGGAUCCCGGAUCAUCAGUCCCAGCAGCUCUCUUGAUUCCUUACGUGACACUGGAGCAGGUCACGUCCCAAGUGCCUCCACUCAGGAAGGAACUUGUCUGAUUGCCAGCUGCAGCAGCACCGUGGAUCCAUUCAAGCCGUAUGACUGUGCACAUGCAUCUUCACAGCCAAAGCAGCAAUACGCUUCCACUCCUCACAUUCGCUCCGCGCUCUUUCCUACGCCUCUACAAAGCCCUUCAAUCACCACACAGCUAGUGGAGCAUCACACAGCAGUGAUCAAUUGACCAGAAAAAAACCCAGCAAAACACAAAAACAUUUCCUUCAGUGGGAACCACAAACUGGUUGGCUGUACAACAAAACCAUGAGAGGAGAUAGUCUCAGUAUUAGGGUCCUUUUUUUCCCCCCCCCUUUUUUUUUAAGUUUUUAUAAAUAGCAGAAAUUCUUACGGCACCAUAAAAAUAAGGAAGCACCAUUCGGUUCUUUGCAAGUGUUGACCUUCUGCCUGCUGACAUACUCUGCUCAAGGUUUCCUUCGGUACAGCAUGUCUCUUGGUGGUACGCACAGGGAAGUGUCAUGGCAGCAGGAGGAAGAGACUGACUGCUCAGUUUCACUGCAAGGAUUGCUGGAAGGAUCCCUGGCUAGUUCCUGAGUUUCUCUCCAGCAAGCACCUGUAGCUGCUUUGUUCCCACACGCUGCCUUAACAUUGAUCAAGUUACUGUAUCUUUCCUGGAAGGUUUUGCCUUUUUCUUUCAUGUCUGGUUUUUUGGGUUGGGUUUUUUGGUUUGGUGGGUUUUUUUUCUUGGUUUGGGGUUUUUUUUAAUUUUUUUUUAAUUUUUGUUUUUUGUUGGGUUUUUUUUUUUUUUUAACCAGAACUGUACAGGUAGUAGUGGUGAAGUACUGCCCUGGCAGUCUUGGAAUUGUUCCUAUUUCCAUGGAGCGUCUCUGGCAGGCUAAACACGUGGCCUGUUACAGACACACCCAUUAUAUGAAUUACUGAUGGAGCGAUUGUUAUUUGUCUGAAAAGCAACACACUGUAUCUAUCCUAGUUUCUACAUGUUAUCCAUCAUUUUUCUCUCUUGAAAAUAGCAUGCUGGCAGCUGAUUUACUGUACAGCUUAUGUCUACAACUGGCAAAAAGUUAGAUGUGCCUUGCCUAAAAACUUCUUACCUACCUGAAUGAGCAGGAAGCUCAUUCCAGUCUGAAGACAGUUGUCAAAGGCUUCUUUGUCCCUUCAAAAUUUUUUUACUGUUUUUCUUCCUUAUGGGAAUUAGCAGAUCAUUGUGUGCUGCAUUUUUGACCAAAUACUCCAAGUCUAAAUCAAGCUCAUGCCUUUGUUCUAUACACUUUUGUAUGGACUGUUCUACAGCUUGUCCGAAUGCUGUUUAUAUCCUCAAUAUUUAUCCAAGAUAGUGCCACUAACAUGUAGAGUAGUCGAACAAGUCAUAUUUCUGUGCCUGAACAGAGCAUUAUCAUCUUGAAUAUCAUGUUGACACCACUGGAAAAAACCAGUACUGCAGAAGCUGCAAUGGUGCAUCACAUUUUACAGGCUUGGGAACUGCACCAAGAGUCUUUCCUGGCUGCUUCUAAGUUGAAUGUGGACAGUAUAUGUGCAAGUAAACUCACUUGAGUCUGUACUAACAUUUUUUUCAACUGUCCUGCAAAGUUUUCUGUUUGGGAAGUAUUAUCUGUUUUUACCUGUCAGUUUGUAGUAGUAUGGAAUAGAGGAAUUAUUUUUGCAGCCGUGGGCCAAGUCAGAUUUCUGGAAGUGCAUCAGCCCUUGUUCUACAUGCAGGCCUAGCGAGACAGCUAGAGAAGUAAAAGACAGAGAAAAGGCUGCCAGCUUCCCAGUAAUAUAGGAAGAGCCCCAAGCCAUUUCUUCCUUUUAAACAACAGCUGCUGAUACAGUCACCAGACACUGCACAGACAUUUUACCAGGAUACUUAAUGAUGCUGGCCCUCGCCCUGGCUGUGUGCGCUCAGCCACAUACCUAAGGAGCAAGCUGUGCUGAGGGACUGGCGCUGCUCUAGCCCCCUGGAAGCACACAUUUGCAAAAAACAAGACGUGAGACUGACAGCAGCUCUCCAAAAUAGAAACAGUAAUACCAUGUUAAUCCCAGUGACCUUGUGCAUUCAUAUAACGUGGUCCUGAACUGAUCCUGAGCAAAAGUGGCUUUAGGAUUCAUAAAAAAACCCAAAACCAACCUACCAAAAAAAAAAAAGAGGAUUAUGUUUAUAGUUGCAAUAUCAAAACAUAUCUUUAUAUCCUUAAGUUAUGGUGACUAUUAGCAGUUCUGGUACAGCAAGCUUCAGUCAACAGCUGUUGAGUCUAGGGAGGAACAAGGAAGCUGAUUUAAAAUAAUUUCUCUCCUCACAAACAUAAGUGUGUUGUCUUGCAUUGCUGAGCUGUGGGUUUGUUUAAAACUGGGCAUAUCUGUUUUACAAAAGGGUCUUAGUCAUUUUCUGACAGCUGAUACGAAGCAAAGGCUGCUUGGUAGAGGAAAACUUCUAUUAAAAACAUCUUCUGGGACUUUGCAGUGAUUACAGAAAGCUGUCAGUAUAAAAUGGUAUUUUAAUGAUACUGCAGAUACAGAAAACCUUUAGUUUUGUAUUUUAUAAAUAGUAUUCCUAGAAAAACAGAGCUGGGUGUUAGAAAUUAUUAUGCUUCACUGAUUACAAAUUUGAACUACCUAUUAUUUGGCAUUAAACUGCACAAUUUCCUCUGUGUGUAUGAUA